UAAAUUAGAGGAAAUAGUAAUUAAUCGUAACUAUAUGAAAUCCCUACAAUUUAUUAAUCCAAAUACUUUUUUGCGUUGUUGGGAAAUUAAUAUUUAUUGUUGUUGACGUGGAAAAUGACGAUUGAAGGAAACAAGGAUGAAGCUGAGCGCUGCAUAGAAAUUGCGCAAAGUGCCUUCACUGCUGGGAAUUAUGAGAAGGCCGAGCGUUUUUUAGUGAAGGCUGAACGUCUUUAUCCUACACCAAGAGCUAAGGACCUCUUGACCGUGGUUAGAGCUGCAAUACCCACCGGAACCUCGAAGCGAACGCCUCCCAGCAGCCCUGAUGAUCUUAGGCGACGUAAGCCUGCAGCACAUCAACCUGAAAAGAGGGAAUACACUGCUGAACAACUGGACGCUGUAAAAAGAAUCAAUACCAAAUGCAAGGAUUAUUACGAAAUUCUAAGUGUAACAAAAGAAGCUACAGAUUCUGACAUCAAGAAAGCUUACAAGAAGUUGGCUCUCCAACUUCAUCCAGAUAAGAAUCAUGCACCAGGAGCCGCUGAGGCAUUCAAGGCUAUUGGAAAUGCAGCAGGAGUACUAACAGACCCAGAGAAGCGAAAACAAUAUGAUCUCCGUGGUGAUGAAGCUCCAGUCCAUACUCAACACACCCACCAUCAAUAUUAUGCGAGGGGCUUUGAAUCUGAUCUCACCGCUGAGGAGUUGUUUAACAUGUUCUUUGGACAUACUGCAUUCUCGGCAGGCGGCCCAACAGUAUACCGUCGCCGUCGUGAACCAGAACAAAGGGAGAACCAUGCGGGCUUAGUUCAGCUCCUUCCAAUAGUCGUUCUGGUCCUCCUCUCCAUGAUGUCAGGCUUCUUCAUCAGCGAGCCGGUGUACAGUCUCACACCGAGCUCCAAGUAUCCAGUUCCGAGGGAGACGGUUAAUCUGAAGGUACCGUACUACGUCAAAGACAAUUUCCAUACAGACUACCAAGGAUCGCUACGGAGGCUUGAAAUGGCGAUAGAAGAGGAAUAUAUUGUGAACCUACGACACGCGUGUCAACGCGAGCGCAACUAUCGGGACAGUCUGGCUUGGAAAGCGCGUAACUUUGGUGACAGCAGCCAGUAUGCAGAGGCGCAGCGAAUGCGUAUGCCUAGUUGCGAAAAGUUGAAUAAGUACCAGCGGUAGAUUGCGCUGUGAGCAAUCUGUUUUAAGUUAUGCAAGUACCAUUGGUUGAGAAUAGGUGGCGCUAUUCAAAAUUUUUAUUUUUACCAAACUUUUUUUUUUUAAUAAUUUUAUGGCCUGGUAACGAGACCUUUAAGCCAAGUCUUAUUUUCGGUCACUAACAAAUGUCAAGUUUUUACAAUAGACAAUGCUGUGAGCAUUCAGGCUCAAGUUGUGAAAGUACCAUUGCUUGAGCAUAGGUGGCACUAUUCUAAAUUUUUGUUUUACCAAACUUUUUUUUUUUAAUAAUUUUAUGGCCUGGUAACGAGACCUUUAAGCUAAGUCUUAUUUUCGGUCACUACCAAAUGUCAAGUUUUAACAAUAGACAAUGCUGUGAGCAUUCAGGCUUAAGUUGUGAAAGUACCAUUGGUUGAGAAUAGAUGGCGCUAUUCUAAAUUUAAUUUGAUCCAUUUACUGUCAGGUUUUAACGAUAGAUGACGCUGUAUAAAAUUAAUAGCGAGUGUAAUUAGUUGUUAUGAAUUUAAAGUUAAUAAUGAAUGCAGCUUCAAGUAAUUGUUAUGAAGAAAAUUAUUGUUUAUCAGUUAAACGUACGUUUAUAUUGUAAGCAGUUUGUAUUUGAUUUUUAAAGGUGUGUGUGCCGAUAUUAGCUGAUAUUUAUAAAUUAUUUGAAACGAUUUUAUAAGCAACGAUAUGUGGCUAUUUGUAAUAAUGAGGAAUUAAAAAUUAUUAAAAAUAAUAGUACCAAAGGUUGACGGUUGUCAAGUUAUAAGAUGGCGUUGUAGAUAUUAGGAAGUUUGUUGGAAAUUAUUUUAGUAUCAUAUAAGAAAUAGUUUUUUCUAUAUGUUGCAACAUACUUGAACAUAUAUAGUCAAUAGUCCUGAGUAUAGAUAAAAUUGUCAAACUUUAUAUAGAAAAAUGUAUUCACAGUACUCAAAGAUAUAUUUACUAGGCUCAAGCUGAGGUUCAAGUCUCACAGGAGACGAUCCCUUGCGAUAGUCAUGGGAAAACGCCCAUUUAGGCCGAGUUAUGCUCGUCAAUACAGCCUGAGCCGAGCUGUAAAGGCCCUUAAGGCCAGCAGCGAAAUUUUUAAAUUUAGACGAUAGAUGGCGCUGAUAACAAUUUUUCCCGAAACAAUUUCUAAUACAAGUAGCCAUUUUAAAAAAUUAUAGACAUUUAUUUUACUGUAUAUUAAUGGAAAUAUCGUUUAUUGAUUAAGUAAGAUGGCGAUAGAAAUGUUCAUAAACUUAUUGUGUAUUUAUUUAUAAUAAAAUAUUGGGGCCCUAGAUAUAUAAAAAUUGCCUUUUAAAAGAAUUUUAGCUUAGCGCCAAUAAAACAUUAAAUCAUACAGUAAAUAUACAUUUUAGUAUCAGAAACAUGAGCUCUGACAUAUUUAGAGCAUCCCCCUUCGAGCUUCAUCAUCAGAUUAUCUUGGUGGUCCUAAUGUAUGUACAUGAUCCAAAUAGGUCAUAAUGUCUGAAAGUUAUAGCUAAGAGCGAUCACAUCUUAAUAAAAAUCGUCAAAUUACCACAGACACACGUCAAACUUUGACACUGCGUCAGCGGUUUAUUAACGCGAGCUGUCAGCUGUCAUUAUUUUGAUGUGUCAUGACAGAUUAGUAAAGUGUAAAGGUGGACAGAGGGAAUACUUAUUUGUAUCGCCUGUAAUUUUAUUUUGCCUUAAUAUGAUUUUUAACUUAGCCCAACUUUUUUAUACCAACACGUGAAACAUUUUGCUAUGCAUAGACUGCGAGAUAAAAAAGAAUGCAAUUUUUCCCUCCAUAAAAGCCUUCCUUAAUCAAGGAAUAGUUAAAAACAUUGCGUCUUCGGGUUUUGCGAUUCAUUUUUGUUUUUAUAGAUUAUAUAAUAAACUCUUUGCAUUUAAUUUAUAUGACAGAUUGUGUCAUAAUUCAAAUUUAACCGAUUUGGUGGACCUGUCUAAAUACAGUGUAAUCUCUAUAACUCGAAUCACUAUUAGUCGAAAUCCUUAGUAAAUCGAAAAAUUGUUAUUUCCCUUGCGCUAAACCUCGAAUCUCGAAUUAUAUAGACUUUAACUCGAACAAAAUCUUAUUUCUCUACAAAGUAUUGAUGAUACAAAUUUAUUCUCUAUAACUCUAAUUUCGAAAGGUAAUUCCGUUCGUCGUAGUAGUACAGUUUACUUAAUUAAUAUGUAAUUCGUUUUAAUCUCAUUAAUCUUAAGUUAUACUUCUUUGGCGUAACAAUAUAAAAAAAAAUCUACGUUUGUAGAUAAAACGACACUUACAAUAGAAAAAUACACCAUAAUUUUUCCUUAAUGCGCCAAAAGAUAACUUCAAAAAUAGAUAUGUACUACAAAACUGAUCAAAUUAAACUCAACAAAUCGACAACACAUACGCUAAUUAGCUUUAGAAAUCGCGCCUCUGUAUAGACGAAAUUUCAGCAUUUAAAUCAUAUGUAUGUAUGUAUAGUUGAAAACUCGUUGACUCGCAUAACUUUGCAUUUCCUUUGAUAUUCGACUUAUAUAGAUUUCACUGUGUCAGAAAUAUAAUUGAGGUAUGACUAAAAUAUUGAGUAUCGCUAUAUAUAUAUAUAUAGACUAGGUUUGUAUUUAAGUUUAUAUAUCUGAUUAGCGGGCCCAACAGAUGUGCAGUAUGCAUUUAAUUACAAAAAUAUCUGAUUGCUAAUCAUCAUGAAUUUAAUGCGGAUUCAUUAAACGCAAAGAAGUAUAAAAAAUUAUCUUCUCGAUAUGACUUUGUUUCCAAGUAAUUUGUGGACCAACUUUCGAAAAAAAGUGGAAACACUAUGCCUUAGACCCGAUUAACAGCGUGUGUUGUGAAUUAACGCUGAUAAAAAUCUGAGGCCUAGUCCUCAAUUAUUGUAACGCCACUUUUUAUUCGUUUACGAAAGUCACCUUUGUUUAAGUUAAAAAUCAUUACUUUUCUGAUCUGGUCAUAUAAAGCGCUGAGACUCGAUUCUGUAUCGUCCGUUAACGCCCAAACCCAAUAACCUUUCUCAAUCCAUCGUUGACCAUCUGACAGACAUGUUACAUCCAAAUAUUAAAAGUGUUAUAACUUACACCAGUUUUUUAAAUAAUUAAACAGCUAUUUGAUAUGUUUUAAACAUAGACAUGUAUAUUUUAAUAUUAUUUGU